AUGGACAUCAGCAAUAACAUGUUGUUUGGUGAACUCUCACCAAACUGGGGAGAAUGCCAAAACUUGACAAAGCUACAAUUCUCGGGGAACAAAAUCACUGGUAGAAUUCCUCCUGAGAUUGGGCAAUUGAAGCAGCUAGGGGUGCUUGAUCUUUCUUCGAACCAUUUAGUAGGAGAGAUUCCAAAGGAAUUUGGGAGGCUCACUUUUUUGUUCAACUUGACUUUAAAUGAUAACCAGCUUUCUGGUCAGUUACCACAAGAGAUUGGAAAACUAUCCAAUUUGGAGAUUCUGGAUCUGUUAAUGAAUCACCUAAGUGGUCCAAUACCACCUCACAUAGGGGAUUGCUCCAAACUCCGUUAUCUGAAUUUGAGUGAAAAUGUUUUAAAUGAAAGCAUUCCUUUUCAGGUUGGUUCCAUUCCGCCUUCUUUUGAAUGGAUGGUCAGCUUACAGUCUGUUGAUUUUUCAUACAAUGCUUUGGAAGGUCAUCUUCCUCGUAGCAAACCCUUUCAGAAGGCUCCGACAGAGGCAUUCAUAAAAAACAAAGGCUUAUGUGGUGAAGUGCAAGGUUUGCGACCUUGCAACGCCUCUUCAAUAAGUCAUGGUGAUGCAAGGAAAGGCCACAAAGUUGUGAUCCUCAUUAUUCUUCGCUUCUCAGUAUUGUUUCUUUUAUUUGCAAUCGUUAGCAUAAUUUCUUCCAUUUAUUAUCAAAGAAGAAGAGGAAUAGAGAAAUUAGUUCUUGAAAGAAGCAAGGAAAUACAUUUUCAAUAUGGAAUUAUGAUGGGAUUGCCACAUUUGAAGACAUUUUGGAGGCGACAGAGGGUUUUGAUGAAAAGUACUGCAUUGGAACUGGAGGUUACGGGAAAGUUUACAAAGCAAAUUUACCAGCAGCCCAGGUAG